CAUACUACCUACCGAUCAAGGGGAGUGUCGUAUGCAAUAAUUUUUCCCCGCUUACAUUUGCUCCUCUCCCCGAAACCCUCGCGUGCGCCUGCCACCUCAGGUUUCGUCCAAAACUAUCGCCUGCGCACCGAACCCUCGCGAUGCAGUCUCGGAGCUAGCUGAUAACGCAUCGUCGGGAUUGCGGCUGACAGAGAUCCGAAACUCCCUUUUUUCUUUGUCCUCCUGCUCCUCUCCUACCCGAAACCACUGAGGAAGGUGACUUCACAUCGUUUUUCUUCGCGCGAAGGGUCCGGCUCGGAUUUACGAAAUCCACCGAUUCAAGGGAUUUAGUAAAUCCAGGAUUUAAGGCCGAAAUCCGUGAAAUCAAAUCCGAGGCUUUAUUUUGUCCAAAAUGAUCGUCCGGCAAAAUUUAGGUUAAAACCAGCUUAAAUACCGCUCAAAAUCCGUUACCAGACAGGCCCUAAAAGCAUAGGAAGUGAUCCCUUCGUUGCCUUCCCGGCUACAUCGCGAUUGUUCUUAGCGAAAUCGUAAGCGAGGGAGGAGGGACGAAGGGAAACGGAGAGAGAUAGCUCUACAAGGAUCGGUGUCAGCGAAGGGGAGGUUGUGGUGCUCCGAUCCUGGAGUUCGUUAAAAUCAAGCAUCGAGGCGAAAAGGCGGGAGAGAAAGGAGACCGCGAGGUUCGGGAAAGGGGUGCGGGAGAAGAUCGCGUGAUUUGCACGAGUGCAGCUCAGUAGGAGAAAAGAAAGACUCCUACGAUUCAGAAGAGGCGAGGAGGAAUUCAUGGAGAAGAGCUUCGAUUAUACCGUUGAUUAUGAACGGGAGGAAGGUGAAAUACUUGAAGAAGAAGAAGAUGGAGGUGGAAGGGAGGGGCCUGGAUGGGCUAUGGAGGUUGAUUCAGAAGUUGAACCCGGGGAAAUUAAGAUGAACACUGUGGCUCCGGCUAGGAAAAAGGAGCUCUCACGCAGGGAAGAUUUGCUACAAGAACACCAUCUGGACAACUUGAACGCUGAAAAGAACAUGGAGAUUCUGAAUCGUUGUGCAAAAGAAAACGAUAGAGGCAGUUGCUAUUUAUUUGAUAAAACUUUGGAUGCAGCAAACAACAUGGGCGAGUAUGGAGAUUUAGCUCGAGAUGACGAAAGGAAAAAGUCAAAAUCAUUAAUCACAUCACCUGACAAAGAGAAUCACGGGAUUAUUGAUCUAAAUGACUUUAGUCAUCAAGAAGAAUAUUCUGACUGUACUUCUAAGAUACUUAAAUCAAAAAAAAGAUUGAAGCAAGAAGAGGAUGAAAGAAGAGGAUCAGUCGGCAAUCAUAGAUCCAUUUCUCGUAAAAGUUCAAAGGUUAGAUGCAUUGAAGCAGCUCAAUCAUCAUCUUGUGAUGUUGUUAACAAUGAUCAAUCAGUAUCUGAUGAUCAUAAAAGUGGAGGAUUGCACGAGCAACCUCGAAAAACCGAUGCAGAUGAGAGUAUUGAAAUGAGCCGGUCUGAAAGAUGGAUUAAAGAAAGGAGUUAUUCUGAUCAUGAAAGGAGUAGCAUGCGUAGUUUGAAUAAAUAUACAAGUAGAAGCCAGGUACUUGAUAAAGAGACCUGUGAUGAAAGAGAAAGUAAUGUCCAUAGAAAAAAUGAUGUGCAUGAUUACAGACACAACAGUCAGGACAGAGGAAGGGAAGGAAUUGACAGGUGGAAUGGCAGUCAGGACAGACGAAAUGAUGUGAAUAGGCACAGCAGUGAAUACAGAGAUAAUAAUAGGAAAAGAAGCCGUAGUUCGAGUAGAUAUGAUGAACGAGAGAAUAAACAUGAUUGUCGGUAUAAGGAGAGGGAUCGAGAUAGAGAGAGUAAAACUUCUGGUACAAGAGAUAGAGAAAGGGAGAGGGAGAGGAAGAGGGAGAGGGAGAGGGACCGAUUCAAGGAGAGUGAGAGGAUUAGAAACAUCAAAGGUGAAAGUGAAAGGGACAAGUAUAGCUCUGAUAGGGAGACGAUCCAAAAAAGGGACAAGAAUACCAAUUCCUUUGGUGAUAGAGAGAGAGUUGAUGAAAGGGAUAGGCACAGGAGGAGUGGUCAUGAUAGACAGAGGGAUUCUAGGCAAUCCAAACACGAUGAUACCAAAUACCAGAAGGAAAGCACAAGAGAUAAAACCGAUACUAUUAAUAAGCAAGAUUUCAAAGAAGAAAAGCGGAAUACUUUGUGGGAGGAAGAUGAGGACUACCAAGGGCGAAUUGAGCAGCAACUUGCCAAGCAGGAGGAAGAAGAUAUUGAGAAGAUUAAAGAAGAAAGUAGAAAGCGAACACAAGCAAUUUUGGAAAAAUAUAAAAAGCAGGAAAAUCAGCAACAUCUUGAAGGAGAGGAGGUAUCAAUGGAAAAGGAUGGUAUGCAACAAGAUAUGCAGAAAAUCAAUGUUCUUAGCAGCAAUGAGGGGGUUGUGGAACAGCAAGAUCUUUCAGAUGCAUUAUUUGUUGAACCAUCUUUUACUGUGGGCAAAUCACCUGUUCAAAAUGGUUUUUCAGUUCCUGAGAACAUUGGCGCUACAUGUGUGCUUGGGGAGGGUAGUCCAAAGGGUGAGAGGUCAGCUGAUAUGUUUUGUGAUGACAUAUUUGGUGAAUCCCCAACAGGUGUUCGGAAAGUGGGUAAGGAUGAUUUUAUGAAAAUUGAUGGAAAUGGUCUUCAUGACAACUGGGAUGAUGCUGAAGGUUACUAUAUUUACAGGCUUGGGGAAGUGCUGGAUGGACGUUACGAAGUUAUUGCAGCACAUGGUAAAGGAGUUUUUUCUACUGUUGUUCGUGCGAAGGAUCUGAAAUGUGGAAAAAGUGAUCCUGAAGAAGUUGCCAUAAAAAUUAUUAGGAGCAAUGACACCAUGUACAAGGCAGGCAUGGAAGAGCUUGUCAUUCUGAAGAAGCUUGCUGGUGCAGAUCCUGAGGACAAACGCCACUGUGUUAGGUUUCUUUCGAGUUUCAAGUAUCGGAAUCAUCUUUGUUUAGUUUUUGAAUCACUUCAUAUGAAUCUCCGUGAGGUUUUAAAGAAAUUUGGUCGUAAUAUUGGGCUUAGACUGACUGCUGUGAGGGCCUACGCAAAGCAGCUCUUCAUUGCGUUGAAGCAUCUAAGAAAUUGUGGAGUUCUGCACUGCGAUAUAAAGCCAGAUAAUAUGCUGGUGAAUGAGGCCAAGAACGUGCUAAAGCUUUGUGACUUUGGCAAUGCCAUGUUUGCUGGUAAGAAUGAUAUCACACCCUAUCUUGUUAGCCGCUUUUAUCGCGCCCCCGAAAUAAUUCUUGGAUUGUCGUACGAUCAUCCCUUGGACAUUUGGUCAGUUGGAUGCUGCUUGUUCGAGCUGUACACUGGGAAAGUCUUGUUUCCUGGCCCCUCUAACAAUGAUAUGCUCCGCCUCCACAUGGAGUUGAAGGGUCCUUUUCCCAAAAAAAUGCUUCGAAAGGGUGCAUUUAUUGAUCAGCAUUUUGACCAAGAUCUGAAUUUCCAUGCUACGGAGGAUGACCCUGUUACAAAGAAGACUGUAAAAAGGCUGCUUCUUAAUAUCAAAACAAAGGAUAUUGGCAGUAUUAUUUCGGGUUCUCCUGGGGAGGACCCCAAAAUGUUGGCAAAUUUCAAAGAUCUUCUUGAAAGAGUAUUUAUACUUGAUCCAGAAAAGAGGAUGACAGUAUCACAAGCAUUGAGCCAUCCAUUCAUCACGGGCAAGUGACUUAAGAUGCUGAUUUUCUGACCAAAAAAAGUUAAAUUAGCUGUGAUGUCAAUUUAUACUUAUCACAUCUAAUUUUUUCGCGCUGUCUUAUCAAAUUAUGCACGGGCUGAGCGCAUUUGGUUCAGUUUGGAGUCUGUUUGCAUCCACCAGACAUGGAAUAGGAUGGUGGUUGAUUUAAAGGCCUUGCUAGUGGUGGUUCUAAUCAGUGGGAUGUGUUCUGUUUUCUUGGUUUUUGCCAGUCUAUUCGCUAUCACUUCAAUGUAUUAGAAGACAAGGCAACUGAAAGAAGGCCCUCGCUCCUUUGAUUCUUCAACUUGAGUAACAUUUUCAUAACACUCUGGUUCACCACUAUUGUUAGCAACAAUCAGUACAAAGAAGAACAGUACCUCUGUGCCUGUCUUGAGAUUCAGAUGCGUCUCCUGACUUUAGUAGCAGCCUCUGCCUCUGCACUGGAAUUGGCUGGAUGAUCAUCUCGUUCCAAGGAAACUUUAACAUGGGAAGAAUUUCUUCUUCCAAGGAAUGCAAGUUUUCCAUGUUACACUUUCGCUUUAGGUAUGCAUUUAUGACUAUUUUCUAAAUUGAGAUAAAAUGUGUGCUGUUCUGUGCUCUAUUAUACGUUAACGGAUCUGCAUCUCUUGGUGAUGAAUGUGCUGGUUCUCAGCCCUUGAGCUUAGGAAAGUUUAAGAUACAUGCACUGGUUUACAUAAUGAUUAAGCCUGGUGCAAUGAUUUAUUCUCAUGAUUUUUUUGACUUGAUGAUUUUAAAUCAUGAAAAGAAUCACUUUAAUACGCUGGGACAAUGCUGCAUUUUAACCUCUCUUCAAACUCCUUAUUCACGUAUCUGUACUAUUGAUUAACUCCACUGGAGACCCCUAUUGAUGGGAGCGUUACUCCCACGUUUGUUUAUUAAUAUUGAGUUGUUGUGGACUACUUGUAAUGAAAAUAAAUUUUAAGUUAAAUUAUAUAUGGAGGUCUUGGUCACUAUUUAUAAAAACCCUGUAGUUGAUCUUCAAUGUGCAAAAUCAUAGCAUUGUUAAAAAAAAUAGCUGGAAAGUUGGGUCAUCGAACUAUAUAUGUUACUAUUGAUUCUUGUAUAUGUAAAGUUGUGAGAUCCUCCUUUUCCUCGAUAAAACCCAGAUUUCUCUUCCCUAACUUUAUUCACUUCCAACUUGGGUGCCAGACUUCACUAUUUUACUUGGGUUUUUAAUUUUAUUGCAAUUAUAUGCUCAUGUCAUCGGCUUCUUGCAAAUAAGAUCAACACAGCAUAUGUAGCUGUUGCCAUCUUUCAAGAU